CUCCCACCGGCGCAAUUAGCAUUUGCACAUAUUUCUUCAUUAGUUUUCCCAAUCCACACGUACAUAUCCAACAUUGCACAUCAUGCCUUGCCUCGGAACCGGAGACUUGCAUCGGAUUUUCGAGAACCUUGACAAGAACGGCGACGGCCAGGUGAGCCUCGAGGAGCUCAAAUGGCUGCUUGAGAAAAUCGGUGUCCAACCCAGCGUGGACGAGCUCGAAUCAGCUAUAGGAAAAUUGAGCCUCGACUUUGAUGAGUUCUUGUACUUUUACAACUCUAUAUUAUCAGGAGGAACCACGGGGAGUGGCGGAUUAGAAUCGCCGAAAGGCAAUGAAGGAGAUGGCGAUCAAGAGGCCGACCUUGCCGAGGCGUUCAAAGUGUUCGAUUUGAACGACGACAGCUUCAUUUCCUGCGACGAGCUCCAAAGCAUCCUCUCAAGACUAGGUUUAUGGGACGAGAGAAGCGGGAGAGACUGCAAUAGCAUGAUCCACGCGUAUGAUACUAAUCGCGAUGGGAGGCUCGAUUUUGAGGAAUUCAAGAGAAUGAUGUUGAUCACAAUUUCUUGAUGAUAUCUUCAACAACUUGAUAUGUCUUGAGUCGGAUUUGCUUUCAUACAUCUUACUGGUUCUAUAUACAUUCUAUAGCUCUAUUCUUUUAUGUAGCUUCUACCAUUACUCUCUCUUGUUGAUUUAACUCUCUCGUGCUAUUCUUCUAGCCAGUGCUUUGGCCAUCUCGAUAUUCCUAUUGUCAAUACUAUUUCUAGUUUGAAAUAUGCGA